AAUAAAUAAAUAAAUAAAUAAAAAUAAAAACCAAAGAGGAAAAUAGGAAAAAGAGAAGUAAAUAGAUUGAGGGUUAGGGUUGAGAAGGUGUUUGGUUAGAGGUGGCGAAAUUAAGGAAAAUUUCAGAGAUUUGAUAAAAAGCAUUUUAAGUUUUGAUUUGCUUCAGUUUCAUGAAGUUGGAGAGCAAUGGCGAGCGAUUUGGGAAAAGGAACUCCUUCAAUUGGGUCUAUAUAUGUUUGCAACUUGCCACAUGGAACUGAUGAAACCAUGUUGGCAGAAUAUUUUGGCACCAUUGGGUUGCUAAAGAAAGACAAGCGAACAGGCCGGCCUAAGAUUUGGCUUUAUCGGGAUAAAAUAACAAAUGAGCCAAAGGGAGAUGCUACAGUAACAUAUGAGGAUCCACAUGCUGCAUAUGCUGCUGUUGAUUGGUUUAAUAACAAGGACUUUCAUGGUAACAACAUUGGGGUUUUUAUAGCAGAAUCAAAAAACUCAGGAGGAGAGCCGAUUGUUGUUGCUAAUUAUGUUGUACCAGAAGAAAAUCCUGAGGAUAUGAAUGGGGGUGAUGGUGGAGGUAGAGGUCGAGGUGAUGCUUCUGGAAAAACAUGGCAACAAGAGGGAGAUUGGCUGUGUCCGAAUACAAGUUGUUCCAAUGUAAAUUUUGCAUUUCGUGGUGUCUGCAACCGCUGUGGAAGUGCUCGCCCUGUUGGGGCAUCUGGUGGUGGUGCAUGGGGUGGUGGCCGGGGCAGAGGUCGUGGCAGUGACUCUGGGGGCCAUGCCCGUGGUACAGUUGGUGCUCCUACUGGAGGACUUUUUGGUCCUAAUGAUUGGCCUUGUCCAAUGUGUGGCAAUAUCAAUUGGGCAAAGCGUACAAAGUGCAACAUAUGCAACACAAAUAAACCUGGUCAUAAUGAAGGUGGCGUAAGAGGAGGACGUGGCGGAGGUUACAAAGAGCUUGAUGAAGAAGAACUAGAGGAAACAAAACGUCGGCGGCGAGAGGCUGAAGAGGAUGAUGGAGAGAUGUAUGAUGAGUUUGGCAACCUCAAGAAAAAAUUUCGUGCCAAAAUGCAGCAAGCUGAAGCUGGAAGGACACUUCCAGGUGCUGGACGUGCUGGAUGGCAAGUGGAGGAACUAGGUGUAAUUGAAAGAGAUGGGAGAGAGAGAAGUAGAGACAGAGGAAGGGAACGGGAUGAUAGGGAGAGCAUCAAGAACAAAGAACGAGUUGAUAGGGAUAGGCAUCGGAGUCGAAGCAGAGAAAGGGACAGGGGAAGAGAUCGAGAUCGAGAUCGAGACCGAGACCGUGAUUAUGAUUAUGACAGGGAUAGAGAUUAUGGAAGGGAUAGGGAAAGGGAAAGGGACAGGGACUGGGAUCGGGACAGGAACAGGUACCGUUAUUGAAAGCCAUAGAAAAACUUCUGAACAUUAUUUUGGUAGUCUCUUUGUCUUAAGGUAGGAGUGGUUGCCAUGGCUUUACCCAAAACAAAAGAAAAGGAAAAAAGGAGUGAUUGCCAUGGCUUCAAUGUUGGGAUGACAUUUGAUUUCAAACUUUCUUAAACUUGAAGCAGCUCCACUUGUCUAGUAUUUGAUCUGCCCCUUCCUUGGGUGCUUGAGAUACAUUUUUGUCUAGUAUUUGUCUCUCUACCAUCCUCUAGACAUUUGUUCCCCCCAUACUACUUUGGUGACUAGUUUAAUUAAAAUUUUCAACUCUCUCAGUUUGGUAAUGGAUGGUUGUUUAAAACAAUAUUUUUCUUCAAUAAAAAAUGUGUCUUAACUCUUAA